AAUUGCAAAAGUUACUGCACUAGCCUUGGCCAAACUUUCAGCGAACAACAAGUCAAUUAGCUGCGCCAAUAUGUUUGCAGCUGCCUAUAAAAAGGGUAAUCCUUGCCAGGAUGUGUUUCAAACGUAACAUCCAUCAUGUCCAAGUGGUUUCGCUUUCUGCAACGCGAUCAACAGCUGGAUGUGUACUUCUUUGCAGUGCCCCGCUUGAGUUUGAAUCUAAUGGGCUAUUGGCCGGGAGAAACUGGGGAUUCGUUGCCCUGGAGAUCGCUGAUUCACUUCGUGAUCCUGGCCAUUGGCGUGGCGACCGAACUGCAUGCGGGGAUGCGUUUCCUAGACCAAAAGCAGCUCACCCUGGCACUGGAGACGCUCUGUCCAGCGGGCACCUCGGCGGUCACGCUGCUCAAGAUGUUCCUCAUGCUGCACUAUCGCCGGGAUCUAUCGACCAUGUGGCACCGCCUGCGGCGCCUGCUCUUCGAUCCCAACUGGGAGCGAUCCGAGCAGCGGGACAUCCGGCUGAGGUACUCGGCCAUGGCGGCCCGCAUCAACUUCUGGCCACUGUCCGCCGGAUUCUUCACGUGCACCACCUACAACCUGAAGCCGAUCCUGAUCGCAUUGGUGCUGUGCCUCCAGAAGCGUUUCGAGGACUUCGUCUGGUUUACGCCCUUCAACAUGACAAUGCCCAACGUUCUGCUAAGCUCUCCGUUCUUUCCGCUGACCUACAUAUUCAUUGCCUAUACGGGCUAUGUGACCAUCUUCAUGUUCGGAGGCUGCGAUGGCUUCUAUUUCGAGUUCUGUGCUCACCUAUCAGCUCUCUUCGAAGUGCUCCAGGCGGAGAUAGAUUCAAUCUUCAGGCCCUACAAAGAUCUUUUGGAACUGUCGCCAGUGCAGCUGUAUACGUUGGAACAGAAGAUGCGCUCAGUAAUCAUCAGACACAAUGCCAUCAUCGAUUUGGCGAGAUUUUUUCGGGAUCGCUAUACCAUUAUCACGCUGGCCCACUUCGUUUCCGCCGCCAUGGUGAUUGGAUUCAGCAUGGUUAACCUGCUCACGCUGGGAAACAAUGGGCUGGGAGCCAUGCUCUAUGUGGCCUAUACGAUCGCCGCUCUGAGCCAACUGCUGGUUUACUGCUAUGGCGGCACCCUGGUGGCCGAAAGUAGCACAGAGCUGUGCCAGGCUAUGUUCUCCUGUCCGUGGCAACUUUUGAAGCCCCAUCAACGGCGACUCGUUCAGCUUUUGAUCCUCAGGUCGCAGCGUCCCAUUUCGAUGGCAGUGCCAUUCUUUUCCCCUUCCUUGGCCACCUUUGCUGCGAUUCUUCACACUUCGGGGUCUAUCAUUGCGCUGGUUAAGUCCUUUCAGUAA